AUGGAGCUUGAACCAGGACCAGUUGGAGAUCCACGGAAGAGACCGUUCAGGUUCGAAGCUGCGUGGUUGAAGCAUCCGGGGUUCAAGCAGAUGUUGGAGAUUUCUUGGAACAAGGAUAUGGAAACGCCGAGAGCUUUGGAGAAGUUGAAAGUUGCUCUCAAGAAAUGGAAUCGAGAUGUAUUCGGGGAUAUACAGAAACGGAAAGAGGUUUUGCUGGAUGAUAUAAAAGCAAUCCAAGACGAACUGGAGCUAAUACCGACGGAUGCUUUGCUAGACAGGGAGGAGCAAUUGCUAAAGGAGAUGGAUGAGAUUUUGGAGCAAGAAGAGAUAAUGUGGUUCCAAAAGUCUCGUGAGAAGUGGAUAGCAUUGGGGGAUCAUAACACCAGUCGACCCUUCGCUGCAACAGAAGUGGAGAAAGCAGUCAGGAGUAUGGGACGAUACAAGGCACCUGGCCCAGAUGGCUACCAACCAAUUUUUUAUCAGGAGAAUUGGAAGGUCGUGGGAGAAUUUGUGGCUCGUUUUGCUUUGGAGUUUUUCAGGACCGGAGAGCUGAAACGAGGGACGAAUGAUGCGAUUGUGGUGCUGAUACCAAAGGUCAUGAAGCCGGAAAAGAUUACUCAAUUCCGACCUAUCAGUUUAUGCAAUGUAUUGUUCAAGACGAUUACAAAAACAAUGGUGAUGAGACUCAAGAAGGUUAUGCAGAAGCUCAUUGGCCCGGCUCAAUCUAGCUUCAUUCCGGGGCGAUUAAGCGCUGAUAAUAUUGUUCUGGUGCAAGAGGCAGUUCACUCAAUGAAGAAGAAGAAGGGCAGGAGAGGAUGGAUGCUCCUGAAAUUAGACUUGGAGAAAGCGUAUGAUCGCAUAAGAUGGGAUUUCCUGGAAGACACAUUGAAGUCGGCAGGGUUGCCGGAGAGUUGGAUCCAGUGGAUCCUCCAGUGCGUCACCGGACCGGACAUGAGCUUAUUGUGGAAUGGGGAACGAACUGAAGCGUUUCAGCCACAACGAGGCUUAAGGCAGGGUGACCCCUUAUCACCAUACCUGUUUGUGCUCUGCAUGGAACGCUUGUGUCAUCUGAUCGAUAAGUCGGUGAUUGGGAAGAAGUGGAAACCAAUAAGGCUUUGA